AUGGGAGUGUUGCUGGGCCCGGCCGACUGGGUGUAUGUGGGACUGGAGCUGGCGAUUGCGGUGCUGGCCGUGUUGGGGAACGUGCUGGUUUGCUGGGCUGUGGCCGCCAACAGCAGCCUCCGCACCGGCACCAACUACUUCCUGGUAUCGCUGGCCGUGGCCGACGUGGCCGUGGGCGCGUUCGCCAUCCCGUUCGCCAUCACCAUCAGCCUGGCGCUGCCCAUCCCGUCCCAGCCCUGCCGCUUCCUCGCCUGCUUCGUGCUCGUCCUCACACAGAGCUCCAUCUUCAGCCUCCUGGGCGUCGCCAUCGACCGCUACCUGGCCGUCAGCAUCCACCUCAGAUACAGCGGCCUGAUAACCGGGAGACGAGCCAGGCUGAUUAUAGCAAUCUUCUGGAUCCUGUCCUUCUUUAUCGGGCUGACUCCGUUCCUGGGCUGGAGCCAGAGCCCGAGCCCGAGCAGGAAGGCGGAUGUGUUGGGGUGCGGGAACGUCAGCGCCGCCCGGGGGUCCCACCCGCACCCGGCGGGCAACGCCACGCAUGAAUGCCGCUUCUUGAACGUGGUGGACAUGCAAUACAUGAUUUACUUCAACUUCCUGGGAUGUGUCCUCACCCCGCUGCUCCUCAUGCUGGUGAUCUACGUGAAGAUCUUCACCGUGGCCAGGAGGCAGCUGCAGAAGAUCGAGCUGAGCUCUGUGGGGUCAGACUCGUCCAGGACAUUCCUGCAGAACCAGGUGCGGGUAGCCAAGUCUCUCUCCGUCAUCGUGGGCUUGUUUGCGUUCUGCUGGCUCCCACUCCACACCAUCAACUGUCUUUAUUAUUUCCACCCACGCCUCUUCCGCACCCUGGGCCCGAAGAUGGUGGACGCGGCCAUUAUCCUGUCCCACGCCAACUCCGUGGGUAACCCCAUCAUCUACGCCUACAAGAUCCGGGAGUUCCGCAACACCUUCCACAAGAUUAUUUGCCAGCAGAUUCUGCGGCGGGAGGGCAGCAAUUACGAGAACGACGCAUCCUAUUCCAGCUCACCACAGACACUGAAGACACAGAGCCUUUGAAUGGACCAUGUGGAGACCAGCACUAUGUAUACGGACCGUUCACAGGAGCUCCCUCCCUGUGCAUCAUCACGGGGAGAGGGAGGAAACUGCAGACAGAGCAAUGCAGCACAUCAGAGAAACUUAGCACCAGCUCCGACCCAACGCUAACAAACUCAUACCGCAUAGAAACAGGCCCUUCUGCCCAACCUGCCCAUGCCAACCAGUGCCCAACCUACACCUUUUCUCACCUGCCCGCACCCCGGGUUCGAUUCUGAAUACGGGUUCACCCUGGGACCGCGUGGGUUUUCUCCGGGUGCUCCGGUUUCCCUCCCACACUCCAAAGAUGUGCAGGUUUUGGCUUCUGUAAAUCGUUGGUCAGCGCGGACUCGGUGGUUGAAGGGCCUGUUUCCACGCCGCUGUGUGUCUAAAGUCUAGAUCAGGUGAGAGUGGGAAUAAACCCCUAGAUGAAUGGGGUGAAGAGAACAGCCGCUGUCUGCGUGGCCAGUGUUUCUGGGUCUGUUUUCACCCCUGCUGGAUCUGUGCAUGUUAUCAAUCCAAUCCAAUGACAUUUUGUUGUCACAUGUACCCAGGUUACAAUGAAAUGCUUUGUUUUGACACACAAGCCGGUAAAACCACACAACACACGGCAUAGAACCACACACCGCAUAGAACCACACAACACACCGCAUAGAACCACACAACACACCGCAUAGAACCACACAACACACCGCCUCUGCAGUACACAAGUGUCGCCAUGUUUCUGGCACCAACAACGUUUCAGACAGUUAAUCAAACUGUUUUAUCUGUUGCUCGCAGCGGACAGCAGACAACCCCUUGCCAGGCCACACUUCAUUCUCGGCGACCCCCAACGGGUUCCCCUUCAUUCCUGCCCCCCCUCAUCAGGUA